AGGCGUGGGGACGUGGGGUGGAGAGGGACAACAUAUAAAAAGGCUGGCGAGAGAGGUACUAUAGCUUCAGAUCCUUCGCCUCAUCGGCGAGCAAUCGGAUAUGUCUCAAGCACGAGUCUACGCUGACGUCAACGUUCACCGUCCUAAGGAUUAUUGGGACUAUGAAGCUCUUACCGUUCAAUGGGGUGAUCAGGAUGACUAUGAAGUUGUUCGGAAAGUGGGAAGAGGAAAAUACAGUGAGGUCUUUGAAGGAGUAAAUGUCACCAACAAUGAGAAGUGCAUCAUCAAAAUACUUAAACCCGUGAAAAAGAAGAAGAUAAAAAGGGAAAUAAAAAUACUUCAGAAUCUUUGUGGAGGCCCAAAUAUUGUGAAACUCUAUGAUAUUGUCAGAGACCAGCACUCAAAAACUCCAAGUUUGAUUUUUGAAUAUGUGAACAGUACAGAUUUCAAAGUCUUGUAUCCGACACUGACUGAUUAUGACAUCCGCUACUACAUUUAUGAGCUUCUCAAGGCAUUGGAUUAUUGCCAUUCACAAGGAAUAAUGCACAGAGAUGUUAAACCUCACAAUGUCAUGAUUGAUCAUGAAUUAAGAAAACUUCGUUUGAUUGAUUGGGGUCUUGCUGAGUUUUAUCAUCCUGGUAAAGAGUACAAUGUCAGAGUAGCCUCAAGGUACUUUAAGGGGCCUGAACUACUCGUGGAUUUGCAAGACUAUGAUUAUUCCUUGGACAUGUGGAGUCUUGGCUGCAUGUUUGCAGGAAUGAUCUUUAGGAAAGAGCCAUUCUUCUAUGGCCAUGACAACCAUGAUCAACUUGUUAAAAUUGCAAAGGUUCUUGGCACAGACGAGUUAAAUGCAUAUCUUAACAAAUAUCAUCUGGAGCUUGAUCCUCAACUUGAUGCUCUGGUUGGAAGGCACAGCAGGAAACCUUGGUCCCGAUUUAUUAAUUCAGACAACCAGCAUUUAGUUUCUCCAGAGGCAAUUGAUUUCCUUGAUAAGCUCCUUCGUUAUGAUCAUCAAGACAGGCUUACAGCUAAAGAAGCUAUGGCACAUCCAUACUUCUUCCAAGUGAGGGCAGCUGAAAACAGCAGGGUGCGUACACAGUAGCGAUGGCCCCCUCUAUAUACAGGCAUCAUGAUUAUUUGUAAUGGAGUUGCAAAGGCGCGUGUGUACAUUGCUGUCACAAUGUCUUGAUCACAAUUGGAACGACUUUUAUGUAGUAAUGAAACCGCAUGGCUCAUUUAUUUCCCACCUGAGCAGAUUGAUGAAGCUAACUUUAAUUUUUAUGUUAGCAUUCUUCAACUCCCAUAUCCAUUCGUGGGCUGUAUAUUCUAUCGUAAAUGUUGAACUGUGAAUGUCAGCUCGCAUGGUCUUUUCAGUUUACUACUACACAUAAAAUAGCUAGCUUGUUGGCAUCUCAUCCGUGUAGUGUACUUGUUUGGGAAUGCCUCGUUUACAUUCAAGCUGCAUGCCGUAUGUUUCAGUGUGUAACAUCGUACUUUGCUAUGGAAUUAUGUUGUGAAUCUGGUCUAUUAUAUAGUUGAUGAUGAUGAUAUCUGCUUGUU